AUGAAGUCAAUACUCAUCGUCGGUGCCACUGGAGCUCAAGGCGGAGCCAUUCUUCGUCACCUUUCCAGUACUGGACAAUACAACAUCACAGCCUUCACCCGCAGCGCGACAUCCCCCAAGGCUGUCGAACUAGCGGCUCUGCCUAACGUCAAGAUCGCCGUUAGUGACGCCGCAACUGGCUAUGACACCAAAGCCUUUGUCGCAGCUGCCACGGGUGUGGAUUACGUUCUGGUCAACACGGACGGGUUCGCCCUUGGAGAACAAGCUGAAACUUAUUGGGGCAUCCGGCUCUUUGAGUUGUCUGCUAGAGCUGGAGUCAAGCAUUUUAUUUACAGUGGUCUUGAUUCUGUCGGGCCGAAGACUAACUAUGAUCCUGACCUGUAUGUUGGACAUUAUCAAGGCAAGGCAAGAAUUCAAGAUUGGAUUCAUGCGCAGAAAAACGUGAAAAUGCAGUGGACUAUCAUCAGAUCAGGCCCAUACAUGGAACUUCUCUCUGCAGUCAUAUCACCCGCCAUUGAACAGGACGGUUCUCUCACCUUUCAACUUCCUCUCGACAAGGGUUCCAUCCCAUUCAUCCACCUCGGUGACUUUGGCAAAUACGUCGACUGGGCAAUCCAGCAUCCUGAGGAAUCAAACCAUUUAGACUUUGGUAUCGCCACCGUUCUCGCAACUGGCGAAGACAUUGCCAAAGCUUCUGAGAAGGUCGGCGGAAAAGCAAGUCGUUUUGUCAACGUCCCUAUUGAUAUCUGGAACUAUGUGGCGUGGAAGUCACUGCCAAACGGCUCGGAUACAAAGAUUGGCUUCCAGUCUGUCAAGGAUGAUAGUGGACUUCUCAUGACCUAUGGAGAGAACUUCAAGAAUUGGUGGAACCUCUACAAGGCUACUCGAAGUGAUAACUCAGGGCUGAUUCAAAGAGACUUUGAGUUUCUCGAUAGAAUUGUGCCGGAUCGCGUCAAGAGUGUUGAGGAGUGGAUGAAGAAGGUUCAGUAUACUGGGGAUAAGCAAGACCACCUGAACCUCGAGGCUCAUACCAAGUAA